AUGGAUUUCCUCGAACCUAAAAUCAAGGUUGCAACAAAAAAGGCGUGUAACUCAAUGAACACUCCCCCGAAGCCUAAGCACAUUAAGACCAUCAUCGCAAAAAGUUACACGAAUGAUAUGCCAAUGUUCUACCAAGAACUUAACAAAACCAUGCUUUCGAACAACAUCCUUCAUCAGUACAAGUCGUUUGUGACACUCCACCGAGUACUUCGUGACGGUUCACCUUCACUUAUUGGCGGAUAUUUGGACUCGUUCUACCCAGUGAUUUACAAAGCUUAUGUUAAGCUCCAACAACAAAAUAACACCGAGCCACUGCUCCAAAUUACAAAGCAUUACGCCCAGUACAUCCAGAUGAGGGUUGUCUUCCAUCAACAACACAGAUUUUUCACCGGUGCUCUGAACAUUCCAGAGUAUGAAACACUUCCCGAGGAAUACUACACCGACUUAAAGUGCUUGUCGACACUUUCUUACAUCAUGGACUUGAUGGAUUACUUGCUUGUUGUGCCAUUACCAAUUAUCCACAAUUACAGCUCAGACCGCACGAAAUUGGACUGCACAAUUCCACUCAUUUUAGAUGCCAACGAACUGUACAACGUCAUCAUCUUUUUCAUGCAUAACUUGGCGCACAUCGAGGAGAACGAGUCUGUUUUUACAUUCUUGUACAACAGAUUACUGAGGAUUUACCAAGCCCUUGUGAAUUUAUUUGGUGAAGCAAGAAACAAUUUGUACAUAUCGAACAACAUGACUGUGCCGACUCUGAAACCAUUGCCUACAUUCAACGUAACCCAACAACAGAAAGAUGAGUAUAGACUCAAACACCCAAAUUGCAUCACAAAAGAGAAAGAUCGUAUUGCGCCAAAGUAUACAAAAGAGAUGAAUGAUGACGGUGAAACAAAAGAGCUUUGCAAAGUUGGAAAUCAGUUCGUUAGAAUUUUGACUCAGUUCAUUCAAGUGUGCUCAUUGCCUACUGCAGACAAAGAAAGCCCCGAUUUCAAGCUGAUGGCAAUGUUGAAGUGUCUGAUUGAUGAAUUGCAACAACCAGAAAACUACCCAGCUCUUAAGACCCAUAUUUGGAAAACGUUCAUUGGAACACAUUUCCUAAUGCAAAAGGAGAACGCCAUUCAUGUCGUCGAGAUAAAACAGAACAUUCUGGUGAUGGAGCUCGUCCAAUGUAUUGACAAUAUUGAGAACGAGCUCAUACGAGUAUGUAAAACUCAUGACGGAAUUGAUGAAUUUAACAAAAGUGUCGAUGAAUUUAUUUCAUUCAUUGACAAACAGUUGAAAGAAGUCUCCAACAAACGAACUAAGAACGACCAAAUAUUCAACGCGCUUGACUUAGAGCUUGGUGGGCUUUCUGUGGACAACUUUGACUGGGACGGAUUAAGUAUUGCAGUUCCAAAAACCGACAAAGUUCCAAUCGUCUGCAAAGUUGAAACAAAAAGCAAAACCGUCAACCCAAAGUUCAAAGAGUUGUUGGACGCGUCGAGAAAGCUUGCUGCAGAAACUCAGAAUCUCGCCAUUUGUGCCAAAAACAUGGACAGUAGUGAAGACACUUUCCCUUCUUUUUAG